CAUUGAGAGUGUUGGAGUAGGACUCAGAAGAUGCUAGAAAGAGUGCUCUCUUUACGCAGGGCAGCAUCUCCGGUCACCGACGACGGCGACGGUGACGGAGAAGGAGACGAAUCUAAAACACGGAAGCAAUUAUCUCCGGCGACGAGAUUCACUAAUUACAUGACUCGUACAUGUCACAUCUGGCCAUUUGUCUUUAUUAUAGGACUUGUGUUAGUGGUUGUUACUUCUUUCGCUUAUCACUCACGUGACCUUGUUUGUAUCUCUGCUUCUUCAUCGGAUCAUAUUUCAAGGUUGCGAUUUUUUGGAUUUGAAGGCCUUGAAACUGACUUCGGAUCUCUUGGUGUUCCAUGGUGCAGAUCGAAACAUGAUAAAUCUGUUGAAUGGACCACCAAGGACUUACUCAAAGGUCUGGAGGAGUUUGUGCCAAUAUACGAGACACGACCUAUCAAGAAUAACAUGUAUGGGAUGGGUUUUGACCACAGCUUUGGGCUUUGGUUUAUUACUCGAUGGUUGAAACCAGAGCUGAUGAUUGAGAGUGGCACUUUCAAAGGACACUCAACUUGGGUCCUGAGACAAGCAAUGCCUGAUACACCAAUCAUAUCAAUUACACCCCGUCAUCCAGAGAAAUAUCUGAAGAAAGGACCUGCUUAUGUCGAUGGAAAUUGCACGUACUUUGCUGGAAAAGACUUUGUUGAUUUUGGAAGUGUUGAUUGGGCAAAAGUUAUGAAGAAACAUGAAAUCAAGGAUCUUAGCAAGGUUCUUAUAUUUUUCGACGACCAUCAAAAUGAACUGAAAAGACUAAAGCAAGCACUGAAAGCAGGGUUCAGACAUCUUGUGUUUGAGGACAACUAUGAUACUGGCACUGGAGACCACUAUUCUUUUAGGCAGAUGUGCGAUCAAUUUUAUGUAAGAGGUGGGGGUCAUAGCUGCUUUAAGGAUAGUGAUGAAGCUAGGGUUAGAUCAAGAAGGAAGAAGUUUUGGGAGAAGGCCGUUGAUAUUGAGGAACUAUGCGGUCCUGGUGAAGCUUGGUGGGGUGUGAGAGGGCAGAUGCGUGAUGAUUUUAACCACAGCAAUAAAGCUAUUACUUAUGCGGAGCAUUUUCAAAACAGCAGGUUUGUAGAGUCAGUGUUAGAUGUUUACUGGGAGCUCCCGCCUGUGGCUGGUCCUUCACUUACUCAUCAGACGAGAUACGAUCCAGCUCGUGCACAAAGUCCUAUUAUUGAAGAUGGCAGAUAUAGAUUGUUUCAGAGGCUUGGCUUAUCUGGACUCGAGACUUCUGUAUUCAAUGGUUACACUCAAAUGGUCUAUCUUCAGGUGUCGCAAGAACCUUAAUUGGUUUUAGAUUUGGUCAAAAAUGAGCUUUUUGUUGCCACUGUAUUAGGUUUUUGUUUUGUUCUUUACAUGUAUAUCUCCUUUCUCUCUCUAUUUCUUCAGUUCUUUGGGAUGUACUUCUUGAGAGCCACGUGUAUCCCUUGUUCAUUUGGGCAUGGUACUAACGGAAUUUGCUCAUGCCCUGGUUGUUAUAAGUACUACAGUCUACAGCAUUAUUUACGUGAAGUUUUAGAUGUCCAA